UCAAACCUGGACCUGCACAGGCAUGUUUCAAAUCUAAACCUGCUCAAAAAAGAAAAGGAAAACAAAACUUAACAAUAAAUCUUUCUAAACAGCUGUGUCAAAACUCCUGUAACCACCAGCAAUGCUAGUUUCCCCAGUUUCAUUUACAAGGAAAAGGAAACCAACAGGGAGUUUCAACUGCUCUCACACAAACACAGAGAUCAGACAUCCAACAGCAGCUGACUAACGCAGGAUGAUGAAGAUGUCAGGAAGAGUCACAAGUUGCUGUGUAGCUCUGUUCCUUACCCUGACCUCUGUGUCAGCUGUGAAAAAGCUCAAUUCAAUCAAUGAUUUGAAGAAAAUCAACUUUGGCUUAUCUGUGCCCACACACAGUCUCCUGCUGCUCCACUGGUUUGCCAACAUUGUUGAUAUCGACAAUAACGAUGUCAUAUACUUGACCUUUGAUCCAAACAAUGAAGAUUAUGGCUCGCAUCAUUAUGGCAACUAUGAGAGGCUGCUGGACCCACUACCUCACGGAAAUAUGAGAUACCGGUACUACACUGUUGGCAACCUGCAUCAAAACUCACCCAUGCGACUUCCAUCUUAUAUCAUCUACCCCCCAGCAGGGUAUGAGGGAAGAAACAGGGACCGGAUUAUAUUCAGAGUCAGGGAGCAGAACACAAGAGGGCAAGUUUUGCAGAGAAUAGACAGAGUGUACAUCACACAGCAUUAUGAGACUUCUGAGAAUCAGGGGACAAGGUAUGAUCCAGACUAUACGUACCAGGUCACUACCAAUCUUUUGAGAGAGAUCAUGCAGUUUUCUGUGGGGGAAGACCAACAGUCACUGCCAGAGCUCAGAGAACGCUUUGGAAGUAACGCUGAUGAUUCCCAUUUACGGGACAUCAGAAACAUAUGGGGUGACCUUGCUAGUCUUGGACUGCUGGUGUUUAUUGUGAUCCAGGAAAAGUACUCCUCUAACAAACAUAACAGACCUCAGCGCGCAUCGAGCAGAAAUUUACAACCCGAUUUUGUUGUCAACAUCCCAGAAAUCAGACAAAAUCACAUGGAGGUUGACACUUCACGGAUUUUUGCAAGACUUCUGCAGGAUGAGAGGGAUGAUGCACAACUUGAGGUGACGACCAGCAGGAAUGGAAAAGCCAGGAUUGUUUGGAGAAACGUUCCUAAACAUCGUCUAAAUAAUGGAGUGAUGGUAGUGCUUUUCAAGAACAAUGAGGACCAGGAAGCCAGCAGGAUUUAUGAGUCCAUUGGGAACAGAGAAUCAGGUAGUUGUGACACCUCAGUACCCCUGAAUGAAGGCCUUCAGGUACGGCUGCAUAAGGUGAGAAUAGAGUGCUGCUUCUGGAAAAGGGUGGGAGAGGAGAUAUGCAGAGGACCAGAGUUUAAGAAUCCCAAAGCAGUCAAUAUAGCAGGCUACAAUGCAAAACUCCAACUCUUUGCAAAAGAUGGUAAGGCUUGUGCUCGCUUAUUCGUUAAGAAGACUUUCAGUGAGUGGAGGUCAGAAUUUAACAAGUCUUGGGUUGGGUUCUAUACCUCUGCAGAUAAAGCCACAUGUCACUAUGAAUGGUGGCAGUGGCAAUGGGCAACCAAAUUCAGACCUAGCACUGAUGUUGAGAACUCCUCUUAUGACGUCUAUGAAUAUCACUCAGGUAUGGCAAUUUCCCCAGGAGUCGAAGCACGAUUCAUACUCGUGGAUGAGGAAGUUAAAGUAAGCACCCCAAGCUGGAGGUGAUGAAGACUACUAGAGAUACACUCUAGACAAUCUUUUUUACAAAAUGUAUUUUUUUUAAAAAAAAAAAAAGGUAAAUUAUCAGCCACAUUACAAAUUUGAAUUUAUCCUUGCAUGAUAAUUUCUCAUAAAAUUAAAGAGUGUUCAAACCAGUGAUCUCAUUAUUCUUAGUUAGAGUCUACCCAGUCCAUAAUCAAAUAGCAUGAGAGUUUUAAAAAAGUUAAAGAAUUAUUUGUGCUCCGUGUCAUUUUCCUCUAGAGAUAAACCGAUAAAUCAGACCCGCUCGACCUGUUCAUACAAGUCAAGCAACCAGCCCCGUAUCCAUAAUUAAACAUAAGCUACACAAACACUCAUUCAUAUUGUAUUUAUGCAGGGUGGUUUUCUGAGGUAAUUUUACAAAAUGUACUGUCCCAUUGUGAUGUGCCAACCACUCGCUCCUCAGCUCUCAUUACUUGUUCAUGCAAUGCAAACAACAAAAAGGUAAUUGGGGUAAUCAUCUGUCCUCCAUCUGUCCUAUGUUUUUGCUGUAUGUAUUUACAAAAAAAAACAACAAAAAAAACAAAAAAAGAACAACUUAUUGGGGUUUUUUUGUGGGUAACUUAAAUCACCCAUCUCAGUGUGUCAUGAAGUGCUCAGAGUUGUCAGGGUUUUGGUGCAGCCGUGCCAGUCAUCUUAAUUUCAGACUACAGGAUCUGACUAAAAAACAGCACAUCUUCCUCACCAAGAGAUGAGGAAGUCAUCAGUCUAAUAAUUGAUAUAGCGUUUGCUUGGACUGAAAACCUACAGACUCUGACAUUUGCUGUAAACAACAUUUGAAUCAAUCUUACCUGCCUGGAAAAAUUACAAAACAAGAUCAAAAACAACAUGGCAGUUUUAAGUUUUAUGAUUACACAGCUGGACAUUUGGAGCUUUAUAGCUAUUUACAAAAUUGCUGUUCGUUAAUAAAAGCUCUAAAGCUCUCUAAAUGGCUCUUUUUGUAUAUCAUAAUGCACUGCUCUGGCAUGGUCAUAAAGCUCAAGGCUUUAUUCAUGCAGCACAAUGUCAUGCUCCAGCACAUCUAAUGGUAGUGACUCACUGAUAAUUAAAUUAAAUCCUGUGUCUGAUAGAGAUGAAGAGAAUGUAAAUGACUCCAAUGGAAAAAUGAAACAGAUAAGUUAAGGAUCUAUGGUCUAUUGAGGAAAUCCUGCACUGUUGUUUAGUAUUCUUUCUGUAAUGUUUAAAAUUGUGUGUUUAAUAAACCACAUUUAAUGUGUCA